CAAAGCUGAUAAAAACAGAUGUACGGAGACAUGCUGCUACAUAUACAAAAAGCUAAAAGUGGACAUGCCCCAACACUUCCAUAGAGAAAGAUCCUGUUUAUGGAAACUUUUUUCUGGGCUCUGUCUACUGGUGUGUUUUCUGGCUAUAUGUUUUUAUAUGGGAAAUGAAAGAAAGAAACGCCCUUCACCCAGAUUUCUGUCUCAGCACAGUGCAGAAGGCCACAAAUCUUCAAACUCAGGUUCUCUUACAAGUUUCUGUAACUAAUAGGUCUCAGUCUCAGUCACUAAUAAACUCUUUUUACUCUGAAUUAGGAAUAGGUUUAAAUGGGUUACAACAGGCUGUUUACUGGGCAGAGCCUGACAGACCAAUCACAGAUGUGUCCAUGAGUACUAGUCCAGCUCACACCACAUUCAUCAUAGAGAACCUGAAAGAGAGCUACCAAAUUGGUGAGGAGCUUAUUGUUACAGUGCAAGCAAAGGACUUUGGUAAUAAAUCUAAGAGUUAUGGAGGUGACUUUUUUCAAGCCAAGCUGUUCUCGUCUGAUCAAAAGGCCAGUGUUUUUGGGGAGGUGGUGGAUCUACUCAACGGUUCCUACUCUGUUCGUUUUCUCCUGCCGUGGGUCGGUGAGGCUCAGGUAGCUGUGCGUCUAAUUCACUCCAGUGAAGCUGUGCAGGUCCUAAAGCGUCACAGAGAUACUGACUCUGACAGAGUGUACUUUAAUGGAUAUUAUGAGGGACCAGGACCAGAUAAGUCCAGGUUGAGUGAAAUGGUGAACUGUAAUGUGAAGUGGGACAAGAAUGGACUAGAGAGCAUGGGAACCAAAGACUGUUGCUGUGAAUACAACGAUCCCCGCACCGGAGAAACAUGGCGCUGCCAGAGACCCAAAUCUCUGCCAUGUAGUGCCCUUGUGUACCACUCCAUGGGCGGUUAUAGAAACCGUCUGACUAAUCAAGAGAAGAUGCUAAUGACACAAACUAACAAAGGUGUCAAUGGAGAUAACAGCAUCAUCACAAUUCAUGGAAAUGAAACUAUUGAUGUAACAGAAAAAUGUCAUCCUGGUAUACACACUCCAGUUCCAGCCGGAUUUUACCUGAAUGAUGUGUGGACGUCUUUUGUCUGUAGCACUCAACAUUUUACACCUCAGACGACAACAGAGUGCCUGAAAAACAAACACAUCUACAUGAUGGGAGACUCCACUAUGAGACAGUGGUUUGAGUUCCUUGUGAAAACAGUACCAACCCUGAAGCAGAUGAACCUGCAUGUCCAGUAUAAGUCAGGGCCGCUUUUAGCAGUGGAUGUGGAGAACAACAUUGACCUACACUGGAGGGCUCACGGUGUUCCCCUUCGUACUCUAAAAACAGCACUUGCUGAUCUGCACUAUAUCAGUAAUGAGAUCGAUGAUCUGGCUGGAGGACCCCACACUGUCAUUAUGUUCAAUCUGGGGCCCCAUUUCACCACUUACCCUCUGGAUUUCUUUAGGCAUAGAGUGUUGAGGAUCCGUGAAGCUGUUCUAGCGUUGUUACAGCGGUCUCCUGACACUACCGUCAUAAUCAAGACUGUCAACACUGGCUAUAAGGAUAUUUUUGGCAGUGACUGGUAUUCUCUACAGUUGGACAGAAUUCUGCGAUGGGCUUUUCAGGACGUUGGGGUUUAUAUUCUGGAUGUGUGGCAAAUGACGGCGUGUCACUACAGCAAUGAAAACAUCCAUCCAGGCCCUGUCAUCAUCAAAAAUGAGAUUGACAUUUUACUCUCGUUUAUCUGUCCUUAAAUGCCUCAUAUGAUGCUAUUUUUGUAAAGAUCACUCCUCGCAACAUAUGAUUACUUUAAUGAAUUAAAAUGAUUCAUUUUUACUAAAAGUGAAAA